AUGCCCUCUGCACAACCACCAGCAUCCCUCGCUUCCAGCUCUUCUGAGACCUCGUGCUCUCCCGGUCCAGGCAUAAUUAACACGACCGACGACCGCAAUGACCGUUCUUCAUCUACCCCCACCGCUUCAUCAUCCAAGCAUGCCGGCUCAAGCAGCGCCCAGGACAAGGAGAAACCGCGACUGACGGAGCAAGAAAAGAAGAACAACCACAUUGCAUCAGAGCAAAAGCGCCGUGCAGCGAUCCGCGAGGGCUUUGAUCGCCUGACGGAGCUAGUUCCGGGCCUGGAAGGCCAGGGCCGAAGCGAAAGCAUUGUGCUGAGAAAGACCGUGGAUUUCAUUCACAUGCAACUGCAGGAGAGACAGGAGCUCAUAGCUGAGAUUGAGCGCAGAGCCGCCCUCCUCUCCCAAUCCGAACCCAUCGACCCCCCGCCAGCCUACGACACAACAAGCAACAACCCACCAGCGCGCACACCCCUCCCCCGCCCACCGCCCCUCUCCCUCCCGGUGCUCAACGAGCUCCGCGGUAAGCGAGUCAUCCUCGCCUCCCAAUCCCCGCGCCGCAGACAAAUCAUGUCCCACCUCGGCCUGCCCAAUCUAGAAGUCAUCCCGUCUAACGCAGAAGAGGACUUCCCCAAGACAAUGGAGCCAUUCGAGUACGUGCUCGCCACGGCCACAAAGAAGGCGCAAGCUGUCUAUGAACAGGAGAUCGUGAAUGAUGAGAAGGGCGAGCCGGCGCUGAUUCUCGCGGCGGAUACCAUCGUCGUGGAUACGGCUACCGGGACGAUUCUUGAGAAGCCGCGCUCCGAGGCGCAGCAUAUUGCCAUGCUGAAGUCGCUACGGGAUAACCGUGACCAUAAGGUGUAUACGGCGAUGGCGGCUAUGGCGCCGUUGGUUAGUGCGCGGCAGCCGGGGUAUGCGCUUGAGACGGCGCUGGAGGAGACGAGGGUGCGGUUUGAUGGGGAGGUUACGGAUGAGUUGAUCUUGGCUUAUGUGCGGACUAGGGAGGGGGCGGAUAAGGCUGGUGGGUAUGGGUUGCAGGGGCUGGGGUCAAUUUUGGUGGAGAGUAUUGAAGGGAGCUGGGAUAAUGUGGUGGGGUUGCCGUUGAAGUCGGCUUUGAAGUUGAUGGAAAAGGUGGUUGAGAAGGCUGAUGAUGAUGAUCGGUUGUCGGAUGGUCUUGAGCAAGAAGUGGAAGAGAGCGAUUAG